AUGUCGCUCUCAAGGCUAGCCUCCUGGUUUCCCCACGUCAAGGCGCCCGUCAUCAUCAAUGCGCCGAUGCUCGGCUCAGCCGGCGCCGCCAUGGCAACUGAGGUCCAUAAGGCCGGUGGCUUCGGUUUCAUCGCUGCGGGCUUCGACUUCUCCGAGUCUUCCACCCAGUUAAAGGACCUAGACAAGGCCCUCACGCAAGCCCGCACCCUCCUCUCCUCCCCCGCCGCCGACGGCACCAACCCCCUCCCGCUCGGCGUGGGCCUCAUCACAUCCCACGAGACGGCACCCCACUUCACCGCCAACGUUCUCCCAAUUCUCGUCCGCCACCGCGUCGCAGCAGCCUGGCUCUUCGCCCCGCAUCCGGAGACCAAGCCCCACAGCAUCAUCAUUGCCGCGCUCCGCAAGGAGGGGACUAAGGUCUUUGUCCAAGUAGGCAAUGUUGCCGCUGCGCGAGAGGCGGCCGCUGAUGGUGCAGACGUGAUCGUCGCGCAGGGCGUCGACGCGGGAGGACACCAGUUCUCGCGCGGAUGCGGCGUCGUGGCGCUCGUGCCGGAGAUCAAGGCUAUGCUAGCAGCCGAGUUCCCCGAACGGGAGAUUGUAGUUGUGGCGGCUGGCGGGAUUGUUGAGGGGAGCGGUGUAGCCGCCGCGUUGGCGCUGGGUGCAGAGGGUGUGGUCAUGGGCACGCGAUUCGUUGCUACGAAUGAGGCCAUGAGUGCACAACUGCACAAGGAGAUUAUUGUGCAGACGCGGGACGGCGGUGUGAGCACUUGGAAGUCGGAUUUCCAUGAUAAGCUUGUGGAUAACAAGCUUUGGAAGGACGGGUACGAUGGCCGGGCCAUCGUGGGCGAUAUCCAUCGCGAGUAUCACGCGCUCGGUGGUAAGACAGCAACGGUGGAGGAGAGCCGGGAGAGGUUGCGUACAGGAUGGAGUGAGGACGAAGGGAAGAAAAUGAUUGGAAAGUGGGCGGGUGCCGGAGUGGGACUUGUCAGAGAAAUCAAGCCGGCUGGAGAAGUGGUCGUUGAGGUGAGAGAGGCUGCGAGUAAGAGAAUCCAGGAGUUGGCUGGUUUGAUUUAA